GUGAUCAGAACAUACGUACUGUGCUGAUGACAAAAUGUGUGUGAAGCACAUAACAGUUAUGGAAAACCUUUUUCCCCAGGGUCUUACUGGGGAAACAAAAGUGGGUGGUACUUCUGCCAGUAGUCGUUAUAGCAUUACAUCGCUCUGGCUGUAGUUAUUUUAGACCCUGUUUACAGCUGGUAAGAUGAUGUGUUUUGGAUAAUCCGAUCGCAAAUAGUCAGCGCUAAAUAUAGUUGUCAACGGGGUGCAAAAUGUUUUGUGAUUGGAUCACAAAAAACACAUCACAUUUGAGGUUUAAAACGCCAUUCUGAUGCAUCCCAGAUGGCAGUGAACCACCACCUCCCACCAGUCAAUCACCCGCAGAACAAAAGUUUAUAAUUACAUGCAGAUUUUAAAGGAAAUAACAGUCUGAUUGGAAAACUUGAAAAAGCGAUUAAUGUACAUAACCAAGGAUGAGAACUUCAUGGCUCUUCCUCAGUGUGUCUGUCUGAUUUCAACAUGUAGGGUCAUCACGGGAUGUAGGAAAAAGUUGGAUACUUUGGCCUUUACAAAGAGUGUCUCCCUGAGCCACCCCCCAUUAUGCACAAUGAAGGCACUGAGUGAAGCCUCUUGUAAGUGAUAAACAGAAGCCUCUUUAAUCUAAAUGUCCCUCACACUACCUUCUGUCCAGGCACUGGAGACAGAUGGAUCGGGAGAGCCCAUGUGCCACACACAUUUCCAUUUUUGACAGUGCUUGCAGUCGUCCUCCCAAAAUAUCCCCCAUUCCAUACGACCUUAUAUGUGCAAGGCCUCUGAGAGCCUGCAGUCUGGGGGAGAUCACGUAUCCCAGCCACACAAGACACACCACUGUCUCACUGUUGCUGUGUGGUUGUUAGCAGGCCAGGACUUAGCCAUCUAAUACCAUCUCAUUUGCUUCUUUCUCCUUGUUCGGCUUGCUAUGCAUCUCAACGAGCUUGAUCAUGAGUGUUUGCUACAUCUUUUUUCUUACCUAGAUAAGGACAGUCGCCGCAGCUUGUCUCGGACAUGCUUAAGGUUACGACAGGUCUUCCUGGACCCACAGUUGUGGACGCUACUCCACUUCAGGUCUCCUUGUGAGUUAAGGAGGGAUAACUUUGUUUUGGGCCCUUCGCUGAGGUACCUGUCCAUAUGCUGGCACUCUAGCAGAGUCAAAGUGUGCAACAUUGAGGACUGGAUGAAGACCACAUUCCAAAGGGACCUUUGCAGCAAGCACGAACGCAUAGUCAGUGACUUCCUGGAGAGUGUGUGCCACAUGUGUCCAAAUUUACUCACCCUCACUCUGUCUGGAUGCAGCCACAUCACGGACAACAAUGUCAUCAACGUGCUGCAGAGCUGCAGGGGUCUACACAGUCUCAGUCUAGAAAACUGCGCUCGAGUGACGGACUCCAUCCUACAGGCUGUGUUGGACCAUGGUCCCAAUCUCACAGAAGUGAGGGUGGACUUCUGCCGCAACGUGACCCAGGCAGGGCUUCAGAAGAUCAGGGUGAAACGGCCAGAAGUGAACCUGAGUGCACUACACAGUGCGGAAAUGAUUCCAGACAGCAAGCCAGAGGAGAAUACGCAGAUCAGGAGAGCUCUGCAGAAGUUCCUGAUCUUCUCCUGAGAACCUGAGGAAAGAAGUUUACACAGAUCUAAAGACCUCACUUCAUGUUUAGAUUCACAACAUUUUGUCUAUUCUUCUUUUAAAUGUUUCAAUUUUUAACUUUUUUAAUUACAUUAAACAUGUGGGGUUUCUUUUAUAAUUCCUUAUUUGAAUAAUUCUAAUUUUUUCAUGCUUAAAACACAGUAAGGUGUGAUGAUCCUUUAAAGUGAAGUGUGCAAUUUCUUUACCAAACAGC